AUGUGUGACGACGAGGUUGCCGCUCUUGUAGUUGAUAAUGGAUCUGGUAUGUGCAAGGCCGGAUUCGCCGGAGACGAUGCUCCACGUGCCGUCUUCCCUUCCAUCGUUGGACGUCCUCGUCAUCAAGGAGUCAUGGUUGGUAUGGGACAGAA